GACCAGACGCGUUUCCACUGCCAACCAGCCCAUUGACAAGCCCAACAUCAAUACGUCGUAAUCUUGCACUGCUCUUCCUGUCGACAUCACUCAAAACAACCCCCAAGCUCGGACACGGCGGAAAAGCGCAGCGUAGACUCUGGUGACGACAACGUAUAUUCCAUAUUCCAUAACCCAUUCAUACCAGCGCCUCUCCGCAUCUCCGCCCUCCCAAACGCCCAUCAAUACCGCCAAACUGUCACCCAUACUCCUCAACCGCACCUCCGGCCUGAGUUUUGCAGGCGACCCGCGGGCCCGCCCAUCAGACUCGCCCUCAUCGUACGCCAAAAUGUCGCUGGAUCCCGCAAAGGACGCGCGGAGGCGACGUAGCAGUAGUCUUGUCUACAAGGAGCCUCCCGAGUCGCUGGAGCAGCUGAGCGACCAGUCGGCCCUGCCCAACUUGAAUGCAGAAUGGGUCAACGCAAAGGGUGCCUGGGCUAUCCACUUUGUCCUUAUCUUCUUCGGCAAGAUCUUAUUCGAUAUCAUCCCCGGCAUGUCGCAAGAAGCAUCAUGGACCCUAGUCAACCUCUCGUACGUGGCCGGAUCAUACCUCAUGUUCCAUUAUGUUCGCGGUGUGCCCUUUGACUUCAACUCGGGCGCCUACGACAACCUCAACAUGUGGGAGCAGAUUGACAACGGGGACCAAUACACUCCGGCGAAGAAGUUUCUUCUCACCGUGCCAAUUGUGUUGUUCCUUGUUAGUACGCAUUACACCAAUUACCAUCUGACGUAUUUUCUUAUCAACGUCGUUGCAACGAUAGCAGUAGUCAUUCCCAAGCUACCUUCGUUUCACAGGAUACGAUUCGCCUUCUUCAACAACCCCCCGGAUGACAUAUAG